AUGUCAACACUCACUUGCACUCCUAUGUCCACUCCUAAUCUGACCGUCGCUCCCACCCAGAAUACUGCCCCAGUCCAUGAAUACCAAUGCCUCUACACCCGCGACCUCCACAAAAAGGCAAAGAAAUGGCACGAUGGUUCUCUUCGCUUCCAUACCUUCAACCAACGGGUCAUGGUCUAUGAUGACUCCAAGAACUUUAUUGGUGAUCUUCACUACAGAGAUACCGAGCCAUUUGGAGAGGGUGUCGAGGUUCAACUGGAUCGAGGUGUCAAGGUUGAAGUUGGUCAGCUCUCUGGUCGAUCAGAAACCGAUCUUUCCACCAUCCUCGAAAGACCUCGAACUGAGCAACCUGCCCAACCCUCAAAGCUGUUGCCCUCACAAACCUCUCAGCGCCCUAAAUCUUUGAUUGAGGUCCUUGGUCCUUCCCAACGCCGCAACGGGCGCUCGAGACUACCACUACAAUCUCCAUACGAGCAACGUCAGUCUUUGAACGUCCAUCAUCCUGCUACACACCCUGCAAAACGACCCAGACUUUCAGCCGUCAAGGAAAAUCACCAGCAGGCGGAUGUCAAUCCCAACAAGAUCUCGAGGUCUGAUGGGACACCUCAGUCUUUCCCUCCCACGCUGGCGGCUUCCAGUAUUUUGCCCAGCCGCCUCCCACAACGGCCAAUGCCUUCUUCAAGUAUAUGCUUCGAGGAGGUUAUAGACAUACUAUCUGACGAGGACGCACCAUCCCGCCCUCUGGCUCCAAGCAAAGCUCGCUCUGUACGCCAGACCACUUCCGAAGCACCCACACCUGCAGCAGCACCUUCAAAAGCGGUAAUAACAAAACCCAAUCUGCAAUCCAAGCCCGCCCGGAAGGGAAAACCUGCACACCCCACGGGUAUAAAGCAGAAAACCCGCUUGAAGGACACCCAGGAGCGCCCACAAUCCGAAACCUCUCGUGUUUCCAUGCCACCACGGCUUCCUGAAGCUCGCUUUGCACGACUCCUCUUACCGCAACAUCGGCCUCGAGAGAAGUUGACUUGUGUGUUGUCAGGCUCACCUGGCCAUCUGCUAAGCCGCCGUCCCUCAAUUGCUUCUACUGCAAGCUCUGAAUCUCCCCAGGAAAGUGUUCACUCACCUAUACUGGUCGAUACAAGCUCACCCGAAAUUGACAUUUCUGCUACCUCUAAAUUUCAGAUCGAUCUCUCAGCCCAAAGAACUCCCAAGAAUGUGGUGUCCAAAUGCUCGCCUAUACCUGUGGACCGCAGUGCCAGCUGCUCCAGUCCUUUGUUUGUCCCAGAGGACCAUCCAAGAGCGCCGUCACCUUCGCCUGCUGUGAUUGCGAGCCCGAACAUUGCUUCAGCUAACACCAUUGAGGCAUCACCAUCCACAGAGUCCAAUAGAAUUCAAAGCAGAGACCCAAUUUUCCACAACGAUAGUAGAGAAACACGUGGUCCUAUUGUGGCAGGCUUCGAGAUGUCACAGACUCAGCCCGAGCAAGAUGAAUCAGCUACAAGUCUCCUGCAUGCUGGUCCGGUAUCUUUCCCCAUUGCGCAUUCUCCCCCGCGGAGCCUUCGAAGGACGUACUCCGCAAGCAACGCCUUCGAGGACGAAGCCCUGAGUAAAGACUUGGGCGACAUCACUGUGCCAAGGAGUCCAUUGACGGUUCUAGAGAACCUGAGCAGCAGGCGUAGUCCAGUGAAGCGAAAAUCACCUGCCAAACUCUCUCGAUGUGCUUCUGAUACUGCUGCAAUGACAUCUCAUACCAACGUUUCUGUGCAACAACAGCUGGAAUCAAUUCCAAAGGAUGAGAUCGGGCCGUGGACGUCAGAAGAAUCUUUUAUUCUCUUCGAUUGGUGGCCUUCGGCGUUGGAGACGCCCGAUCUUUGGAAGUUUACAACAAAGGUGUUGCAACCGGUAAAGAGCUUGCCUCCCAUCCCAGAUUUCUCAGCCCGUAUCACGACGGCACGACAGCUGCUCAACGAUAUUAGAUGA